AUGUGUAGCUUGUUGCGACAGUAUAAAUGGAGUCCAUUGGUGCAAUCCUUUGGAGUCUCUUCAUGUCCUAUUCCACUGUCAUUCGAAAAAUUUGGCAUUGAAAUAGAAACUGUAUACCAAAUAUCACCAGUUGUCAUUUUACAUGGAUUAUUUGGACAGAAAACGAAUUGGAAAUCGAUUGCAAAUAAUCUGCAUCAUCGUUUACGAACUGCUGUAUUUACAUUGGACCUGCGGAAUCAUGGUAAUUCCCCAUGGCAUCCUACAAUGACUUAUGCUGAAAUGGCAAAUGAUGUGCGCUAUUUUAUUGACGAAAUAGUACCGCAACAAAUAGGAGAAUUUUCAAAAGUUCAUCUUCUUGGCCAUUCAAUGGGCGGCAAAAUAGCUAUGCGUGUUGCUUUGAUGAAGGAUAGCGAUAUACGGCUGAAAUCACUUGUUGUAGAAGAUAUAGCUCCGAAAGCAUAUAAUUCUGCGGCAUCUUUCUCAAGAAUUAUCGAAGCUAUGAAAUCUCUUGAUUUGACUUGUGAUCGUGCUGAAAUUGAACAAAAGUUGGCAGUAACAGUUACCGAUAGAACGACGCGACUAUUUCUGUUAAUGAAUUUGGUACCGAAAGAUCAGCACACAUAUAGUUGGCGGAUAAAUUUAGAUUCCAUCGGACGUUAUAUCGGACAAAUUUGUGGUAGCUGUGGUGUAGAGAAUAAUAAAAUAUAUAAUGGGAGGUGCUUGUUUGUUUCAGGCGGUGUUUCAGACUAUGUUAUGCCAAGUGAUUAUCCUCUAAUUUUGAAACAGUUCCCAAAUACACAAUUUUCUGUGAUUCCUAAUGCGGGGCAUUGGGUUCAUGCCGAAAAAUCCAAUGAAUUUACAGAUAUUGUUACUAAGUUUAUUCUUUCUGUUGAAAAACCUGAAGCAGGAGAAAGAUUUGAUAAGAUAAGCAAAGAAAAGUAA